AUGAUGAUUACCAUCGGCGAUCCGAGAGAAGCAGGAAAGACGCCCGAGCAGGCUGACAGCGGACAAAGGACGGGCGCCCGACAGUGCCCGGCGGGCAGGAGCGGAGGGCUGCUGGCAGCACGCCUAUCAGGGCAGAUCAUUAAUGCCCUGGAGGUCGAGUCUGCUGUCGGCGUUCCUAGCUCGAACAGGAUAAGCAUGCCGACAUCCGAGAGAAGCGUCGGAUAUAACGAUGCAUCCCCAGAGCCCUACGCUUGCCCUUUGCGAACGAGCUAG